AUGGCGUACGAUGGGAUUUAUCACUUGUUCUAUGGAUAUGACCCUGUUGGUAAGGGACCUACAUUGUACAGUAGCUGGGGGCAUGCAGUGAGCACGGAUUUGCUUCAUUGGGAGAUAUGGCCUCUCGCCAUACCCGAGCAGGCUGGAAUCUUGGCUUUUAGCGGUAGUGCGGUGAUGGAUUUUCAAAACACCACUGGGUUUUCCACCGACAGAUCCACGGCCAUGGUUAUCAUUUUUACUGGGAAUAUUGCGAGCUUCAUCGAAUCGGAUCAGCGACUUGCCUAUAGUUUGGACGGGGGGAUAACAUGGACGUUGUAUGACGAAAACCCAGUUCUGAGGACUGGAAAAUACCACUUCCGAGACCCGAAAGUAAUAUGGCAUGAGCCGUCAAACCGCUGGCUAAUGGUGGUUGCACAAGCGGUGGGGCAAAGAGCAGUACAGUUUUAUUCUUCCCCGGAUCUGAAAAAUUGGACAUACUUGAGUCAGAAAGGCCCAGAAGGACUGAUAAUUAACAAAGAAUGGGAAACACCAAAUUUCUUCGAAAUAAAAGUGCAAGGAGAAAAUAUAUCGAAGUGGGUAUUGCCGUCCAUGACAGGAGUUGGAUCCCGCCCUCGUCGCACAGUCAUGUAUUGGACUGGGGAAUUUGACGGGAAAAAGUUUACCACUGACCAAACCAUGGCCAAAAUUUUAGACUUUGGCCCCGACUUCACCGCCAUUCAGACGUGGAAUAAUUAUAUGGACGAUCGAUUGUUGAUUACGGGGUGGAUGUGCGUUUGGGAGAUGUGUCGGUAUCAUCCGACGCGGCCUUGGCAGGGGGUCCAGUCCUUAACUCGCGUGCUGUCUCUGGAGAGGGAAAACGGAGAACUUCUUCUGGUGCAAAAGCCGAUCAAAGAAGUCGAAAAAUUGAGGACUGGGGUUGUCUGGGAGAUAAGAAACGCCAAGAUUUCAACGGGUAAAGGAAUGGGAGUUUUCUACAAUGCAAACGUCACCCUGCAGGCGGGCUCGCUUAAACUGCAUAUGUUUCUUGACUGGUCAUCCGUGGAACUAUUCGCCAAUGACGGGCGACAAGUGAUCACCACACUCAUUUUUCCACAGAAUGAAACUAGUGAUGGCCUUGACGCUUACUGUGAGGGAGAAGAUGUCCACGUGACAAAUUAUGUUUACGACUGUGGUCUUUGA